AUGCCCCUCAUGCCGCGCUCCAACUCGAGCGUUGGGGUAAGCACCGCAGUCAUGGCCUCCCAGGAAGAGCCCAUACAGCCCUCGUACCGAGGCUACGGCACAAUGGCUUCCCAGCGACCUGCGCAACGCCAAAGACGACACUCAUGGCACACUCGCCCAUGCAUGCAGGAAGCAGAGAACUUCCAGGUCUUGCUCCGUAACUUUCUCGUCGAACUGAACUGCCGCAUGGACUUUCUGGAAGACUAUGGCCACCUCAAAUACGAUGCCGGAGUCGAAUACGCAUACAACACACUGCUCGCCGUCCGCGAGUCCUGCUCGAAAAUGUCCGAUGGCGCAAUCGAGGCCGGACGGCGGCAGGCUUCUGUCUUCGUCGAGACCUUGGAGGGACGAUACAAAGAUGCGAUGGAACGGAAGGAGACAUUCGGGGAGAAAGUCCUAGAAGGAAUAGUGCUCAUGGACAACUACCUGACCGAGUUUGAGACGCGCGCAUAUGCUAUAAGAGACGGAUCCAUUGGCUCCUAUGCGCAAGAAGUCUAUGAGGAAGGUCGGAGAAAGAUGGACGAGGGAAUCGAAAUCGCAAAGGGAGUGGUAGACGGCGGUCUCGACAAGGCAAGACGCGCACGUGAAACGAUCGAACUCCGAGUUGAGCACGCUGUGCAACAAGCCCUCGAGCGAGCAAAGGCACACGGCCUGAUACGCUACGAUGACCUGCCCGAGCCCUGGCGAGUCAACCCACACAUCCUCAAGGGCUACCGCUUCCAAGAAGGAAAGUGGGCUUGCGUCCGAUCCAUCUUCGGCCUGCACAACGAGCUGAUUAAUAUCUGGACACACCUUCUCGGAUUCAUCAUGGUGCUCGCCAUUGCCUUUUACUUCUAUCCUUCGAGCACCAACUUCAGCAUGUCGACCAAAGCCGAUAUCUUCAUAGCAGCAGUCUUCUUCUUUGCGGCAUGCAAGUGUCUGGCCUGCUCGACCAUCUGGCACACCAUGAACAGCAUCUCGCACCAAACGCUACUCGAGCGCUUCGCCUGCGUAGACUACACGGGCAUUUCCCUCCUCGUCGCCGCAUCCAUAAUGACGACCGAAUACGCCGCUUUCUACUGCGAACCCGUCUCGCGCUGGUCCUACAUGUGCAUAACAGCACUGCUCGGCAUCGGCGGCGUCAUCCUACCCUGGCACCCAACCUUCAACCGAGCCGACAUGGCCUGGUUCCGCGUCCUGUUCUACUGUUCCCUCGCCCUGACUGGCUUCUUGCCUUUCGGCCAGCUCGCCUACACUCGCGGCCUCGAGUGGGCGCAGUACUUUUACGCGCCCAUCACUAAGAGUCUACUUGUAUACGUUACCGGUGCGUUACUGUACGCGAGCAAGACGCCUGAGCGCUUCUUCCCCGGCCUUUUCGACUACGUGGGCUGCUCGCACAACAUCUGGCAUGUUGCUGUGCUGGGAGGUAUCAUCUUCCAUUACAUGGCUAUGCAGACUAUGUUUACGCAGGCUCUUACGAGGGCUCAGACUAGCUGCUCUGUGUACUAG